CUCUCCACAAUUUUGUUUUAAGUGUAUAAUCUUCAGAAAUGCUCUCAAAGAAUUUAUCGGUUACUUGUAUGUGUAAAAUGUACACAUUUGAUCUACUUUUGCGCAAAUUCUAAAAAUGUUCCAAAGCUUAGUAGAUAGCAUUUUAUUUGCUUUCGAGUCUUUGAAGAGUAACAAUCCCCAAAAUUAGGGUGUGCGCGUGUUGGCUUUAACAAUUUAACUAAAGUUAUGCACGAUAACUUAAGACCUUAACAGUUGCAUAUUUGAUUUAUAUUUAUACAUUUGUUUAGCGAAAAAUGUGUCACAUGCUGUUCUUUGUUUUUUUGGCUUUGAUAUACCAAUUCGAAGCUUUUAAUAUCUCGCCGCAUCCGAGCCUGGUAAUAAACUUUCCAUCACAUUUAAAUACCUCCCAGAGGCGAAGCUCAUAUUUUGGAUAUUCGCUCGUAAUCCGCCCUACCAGGUGAGUUGUUCAGUUCUUAAUAGUGAUCAAUGCCAGUUGCUGAAAAGUACAUAUUAUAUAAUACAUUAUUGUAUAGUGUUCAGUAUAAAUACUCUUGGGAGAGAUAUGUAACAAUAGCAACGUCACUAUACCCCGUAGGCCCUCAGUUCUUCCGUUCGUAUAAACGUCACAAUCUGGAAAACUGUAAGAGCUAGAGAAUCAGGAUUUAGAACGCAGAUUGUAGCAAGUCCGUACCUUUUGACAUAGGUAAUGUCAAAAGAAUUACAUGGUCAAUAUCGUAUAUGUAUGGGCACUAUAUAUAAAUUGAAAUCCCAAAAGAUUUCGUUUCUGUCAUCAAGGCAUAUGUAUUUUGAUUUUAGGAUUAAGGAGUAUCUGACACUCGACUUGAGAGUUCCAUAUUGUUAAUUUGUUGGGCUUUUGUGAUUGGCACACAUUUUAUUUAACGUUCAGAAUGAUUUAUCUUUUUUAGUUAACUUAAAAAAAAAAAUUAAAAUUUGUUUCCUCCAACCAAAGAUAGUAAGUUGUUUUCUACAGCUUUUUUUUGAUUUGGGAAUUAACUAUUAUUUAUAAACAGUCCAAUUAGUCAUGAUCAAAUUUUCCCAUUCUGCACUCAAAGUGUUUAAUAUAUAUGAUAUUAGUCCGCCUAAGUAAAACUGGCCUUUCCCCUUUUAAUAAUGAUUGUAGCAUCAUAGUGGGAGCUCCUCGAGCUAUAUCCACCUUGAGUUCGCAGGAUAAAAUCGACGAACCUGGGGCGAUCUACAGAUGCAACCUGACAAGCGGUUCCUGCAGUCCGUAUGUCCUGGAUCCCCGCGGAGAUGUUAAGAACUACGUCUCAGAAUGCCCCACCAACAACUUUGAGAACAAGGGCUUCCAGUGGCUGGGAGGAUCCAUGGACGGCGGAACCAGGGACACGGAUAAGUUGCUCGUGUGCGCUCCCCGAUUCUACGCCAUCAGUACUGGCAGAUACCAUAUGAUUGGAGUUUGCUAUUGGGUACAGAACACACUAAAAAACACUCCCGAGCACGUCACUCGUAUCUCCCCACUCCGCUUGAAAUCGAAGCAGGUGGAUAAUAAGGAUAGGGGAACAUUGGGCAGAUUCAUAUACCAAAAUGGCGAGAUGGGACUGAGUGCCCAUGUGACGGACGAUAACUCCAGAUUUCUAAUCGGCGCCCCGGGCAUUGAUAAUUGGAGAGGAUCGCUGAUCCUGGACUUUCCAGAGGACAAUUUGUCAGAAAAUCACCUUACAGAAAAUGAUAACUAUACAAAAUCUUGUCAUUUGGAGCACAAUAAAACAAGAAUCCCCGAGCCACAAAAUUGGAACCAGGAGGAAGACUCAUACUUUGGCUAUGCCGUGAGCUCUGGCUACUUUGACAGCUCCAACCCAAAAACCCUGCUCUACGUGGCCACCGCUCCCCAGGCCAACAAGCCGUACGGAGAGGCCUACAUCUUUGAUUUGAUUGAUAAUGGAACGACCAUCCGAAAUCAUUCCGUCUUCUAUGGUGAGAAAUACGGCGAAUAUUUUGGAUACUCCGUUUUGGCGGAGGAUCUUAAUGGCGACGGAAAAACGGACGUCAUCAUAUCAGCGCCCCAGCACGCUCUGGAGGAUUCCUACGACAACGGGGCCAUCUAUGUGUUUAUCAACAAGGGCUCUUAUUAUUUUGAGCGAACGAUUAUUCAUUCGCCAGUGGGCAAGAAGGGGCGUUUUGGAACUACUCUUUCGCAAAUAGGCGAUAUCAAUCAAGAUGGCUAUAACGACGUGGCCGUGGGAGCUCCCUUUGCCGGAAACGGAUCGGUGCUAAUCUACCUGGGCAGCAAGGAUGGGCUGCGGGAUCAGCCGAGUCAGCGACUGGAUGCUCCUUCCCAGCAAGCUUCCGUUUACGGAGCACACAUGUUUGGUCACGGUUUAUCCCGCGGAUCGGAUGUAGAUGGCAACGGGUUCAACGAUUUCGCUGUCGGAGCUCCCAACGCGGAGGUCUCUUAUCUGUAUAAGACCUAUCCCGUCGUAAAAGUAAUUGCCACAAUUAAGUCGGAAUCGCGUGAGAUCAAACUGGGAAAGGACAAGUUGACCAUCACCGCCUGUUACAGACUGGAUACUAAGGCAAAGAAAAUGAAGGAGCAGAAGCUAAACAUCCAGAUUUUAAUCGACACGAAGCUGGGGAGGGUGAAAUUCGCGGAAAGCCAGACCGACAAGAUGAGAUUCCAAGCGAUUGCGGGUCUUAAAGACAGUUGCCGAGACUUUGAGGUUCAGGUGCGCUUCAGCAACAUAUUCACGCCCAUCGUUAUGGAGAUGCACUACGAACUGACGAAGAAGGUCUUCGACUCGAAGGAGUUUUGCGAAACGUGUGCGGUUGUUGAUCCACAGGAACCUACGGUCUCCACGCAGAAGAUUAUCUUCAGCACGGGCUGUGCCACCGAUGUUUGUAUCGCAGAUCUGCAGCUGAGGAGCAAGAAUGUUAGCCCCACGUUUAUUUUGGGUAGCACCGAUACGCUGAACAUCAAAUACGAGAUCACCAACAACGGAGAGAACGCAUACCUUCCACAAUUGAACGUGACGAGCACAUCCCGCCUGGCUUUUGCCCAGGUCCCUGGAAAUUGCAGGGUCACCGAGGCCGUCAUGGAGUGCGACCUGAACCGCGGACGACCUUUGGCCAAGGGUGACAGCGAUUCCGUCUCCAUCAGCUUCGAUGUGAGCCAACUCAGCGGACAGUCGCUGAUCAUCCACGCAGAAGUGUUCAGCACGGGGUACGAGAAGAAUCCCACGGACAACAAGCAGACGAACGUGAUCGGUUUGAAGGAGUUCACCGAAAUCGAUGCCAGCGGCGGUCGGACAAAUCAUCAAAUUGUUCUCAAAGGGGACGCCUACCCCUUGGAAGUCAUCAACCAAUACGAGAUCAAAAGCUUGGGCCCCAGCACCAUCGAAGAGUUAUCUGUGUCCCUUUAUAUUCCCGUAGCCUAUAAGACGGCUGAAUCUAUAAAAGUAAAGCCCAUCAUUGACAUAGCCAGUCUGAAGAUGCAGGCCACGUACGAUUCCCAAACGCCCCCCAUAGAACUCUAUGAUCAGAACAAUACCAUUUUAUUCGCGACCCGAAAGCGUAGGGAUGCGGAACGCCUGAUUGGCAACCAAGAGACCAGUGCUAGCAUAUCCGAUGUCCAGUGGAACGAGGAGGAGAGUCUGCCGAUGAAUAACACCAUUGUGUUUAACUGCCAGGAUACCAACACAACGAUAUGCGUAAGGGCCGAAAUGCGCCUCAAAUUUUGGCCACAUAAACCAAUUAACCUAAGCAUAAGCUUCAAGCUGGAUCUGAACGAGAUAGAGGAUUCCUGGGAGUAUUUUGUCAUAAAGACCGAUUUGAGACUGCUCAAGAAGGGCGAUCCCACAUCCAGUUCGCUCAAGAUUAACAAGAAGAUCAAAUCGAAUGUGAUAUCCAAGCAUACUGAAUUAUCCAUUUGGAAAGUCAUUUUGUCCGUGAUCGUGGGCGUUUUGCUGCUCUCUGCAAUGACAUAUACUCUUCACAAGGUUUGUAUGGGAAUGUUUGGAAUGGAUUAGCUUCUAAUGAUGUUUUUUAUUCCUUAGUUCGGAUUUUUCAAGCGCGACAAGAAGGAAGAACUAAAGAAACUAGUUCAACAGAGUCUUGAGGCGCUUGAG